AUGGCCAAGGAUGAGUCAGCCCCUGCUGCGGAGCUGUUCCCCUCGACGGAGACAGCGUCCAAGGCAGAAACUGCUACCCCUGAUGAUGGAAGCGCCAGCGAGAAACGCGACUCCGAUGUGGAGUCGGGGAAGUAUGAAACCAGUGGAAUGGAUUCGGAGACAGAGAAGUCCAAUCUGGUGACUUGGGAAGGCCCAGAUGAUCCCGCGAACCCCAAGAAUUGGAGUAAUUCAAGGAAAUGGACGUCUGCUAUCCUCAUCUCGUGUUUUGCUUUCAUAUGCCCCUUAUCAUCGUCGAUGGCCGCACCAGCUCUGAACAAAAUUGGAGACGAUCUCGGUAUCCCUGAAAACUCGCUGGAACUGCAGUUGGUGCUCUCGAUUUUCGUCCUGGCAUAUUCCUUUGGCCCACUUGUACUGUCUCCCUGUUCUGAGGUCUGGGGGCGUACGCGCAUCAUCAAGUUCGGCAACCUGUUGUUCAUCGUGUUCAACACAGCAUGUGGCUUUGCUAAGACCGAAGCACAAAUCACAGCAUUUCGCUUGAUUGCAGGCUUUGGCGGAAGUGCAACUCUCGGAAUGGGAGCGGGCGUCAUCUCUGACUGCUGGAAUGCCGAAGAACGCGGAAGAGGCAUGAGUAUCUAUCAGCUUGCCCCGGUCUUAGGUCCGGCUGUCGGACCUAUAGCCGGCGGACUUAUCGUCUCUCACACGACCUGGCGGUGGACUUUCUGGACCAUCACCAUCUUCAACGUUGCCAUCCAAAUAGGUGCAGCAAUCUUCCUGAAAGAGACCUACGCGCCUAGGCUCCUGCUCCUCAAAGCCAGGAAACUCCGCGCGGAGACAGGCAACAACCAACUCCAAACCAAGUGGGAGAAAGAUGGACGCACAUUGACUAAGCUCGUCGGCAAGGCACUCACGAGGCCAUGGCGCUUCCUAGCCACGCAGCCAAUCAUUCAACUGCUAGCGCUGUAUCAAGCGAUGAAUUAUGGACUGCUUUACCUCAUGAUCGCAUCCUUUCCCUCCCUCUGGGAGGGCCGCUAUGGGAUGUCCACCAGCAUCGCCAGUCUGAACUACAUUUCCCUGGCACUGGGCUCCCUCAUUGGCGCGCAGGUCUGCGGCCCCCUCAUCGACGCCACGCACCGCCGCUUGAAGAAGCGCCACGGCCUUGGUCCCGACGAGCCUGGCUUGCCAGAAUUCCGCAUCCCGAUUAUGAUUCCCGCGGCUAUUAUCACGCCCUGCGGCAUCUUCCUCUAUGCCUGGUCCGCGGAGUACAAGGUCCACUGGAUCGUCCCUAACAUCGGAGCAGUGCUCUUUGCAGGUGGCAGCAUGGUCUCGUACCAGUGCAUCCAAACCUACGUCGUCGACUGCUACACCACUCACGCGGCAUCCGCAUCCGCAGCCUCGGCGUUCCUGCGCUCGCUCGCUGCUUUCAGCUUCCCGCUCUUUGCGCCGUACCUGGUGCACAACCUCGGCUAUGGCUGGGGCGGCAGCGUCUUGGGCUUUGUGGCGGUUGUGCUGGGCAUUCCGGCGCCGUUGCUGUUUUGGAAGUACGGCAAGGCGAUUCGGGAGUUCAGCUUCAAAUACAUUGGUAAUGAUGGUUGA